AACUGAUGAGAUUUUUGACAAAAUUAUGCGUUGUGAAAUAGCCAAAGAAGCAUGGGACUUGUUGAAGGUAGAGUUUCAGGGUGACACCAAGGGAAUUCAAAUGCAAGUUUUGAAUCUGAAAAGGGAAUUUGCUGUUUUGAGGAUGAAUGAGUCUGAAACUGUCAAAGAGCUUUUAGAUAGAAUAAUGAAGAUUGUGAAUCGAAUCAGAUUGUUGGGUGAUGAAGAACUCUCUAAUAAGAGGGUUGUUGAGAAGGUGUUGGUUAGUUUGCCAAAAAAAUUUGAGCACAAGAUUUCCUCUUUGGAAGACUCAAAGGAUCUUUCCAAAAUUCCCUUAACUAAACUUAUCAACUCUUUACAAGCUGUUGAACAGAGAAAAACCUUAGGGUUCGAAAGCAAUGUGGAAAGUGCUAUCUUGGCUAUUGAAAAGGGUAAAAGCCAACAAAAGGAGGGAGCAAAGAAGCAAGUUUUUUAUAAGAAAUGGAAAGAAAAGAAGGAGUUUCAAAGAGAUUUCGAGGGCGGCUUGGUGUUCAGUGCAGGUCCUAUAAGGGAAUUCGGUCAUGUUGAAAAGGUUUGCAAAUCAAAAGCAAACUCUACAUCACAAGCUCAGAUUGUAGAGAAACUUGAUCAACAAGAGGAGAAGUUGUUUGUGGCCACUAAAGUUAAAGCUUGCUAUGCUGUGAGUCUCAGUUGUAAUGUUUGGUUGAUAGACAGUGGAUGUACUCACCAUAUGACUCCAAAUGAGAGCUACUUCAAAAGCCUUGACAAGAGUUUUACCUCUAAAGUCAGAUUGGGUAAUGGAGAGCUAGUCGAAGUCAAAGGAAGGAGAGUAGUAGUUGUUGAUACACCAAUAGGUAUCAAGCUUAUUUAUGAUGUUUUAUUUGUUCCUGAGAUUAGCUACAACCUUAUUAGUGUUGCUCAGCUUGUUGAAAACAAAUACUCUUUGCAAUUUCAUGAUAGGCUAUGUGAUGCAUUUGAUGAAUUUGGAAAUUUGUUGUUAUUUGUUAAAAUGAUUGAUAGGAGUUUUCCUGUUGAAUGGAAAGAAACUCAGAUAAAGGCUUGUGUGAGUAUUGUUGAUAAUUCUUGUGUUUGGCACAAGAAGUUUGUCACUCUAGUUAUCAAUCUUUGCUAUUGAUGUAAAAAAAGAGCAUGGUUUCUGGUAUGCCUCUUGUUCAUGUUGAUAAACAUGUUUGCAAAGUGUGUCAACUUAGUAAGCAAUCGCAAUUGCCUUUUCCAUCUGGUCAAGCUCAUAGAGCUUCUAUGAACUUGCAACUAGUUCACACUAACAUUUUUGGUCCUAUGAAGACUACUUCUUUGAAUGGAAAUAAAUAUAACCUGAUUUU